UGGAGUAAUAGCAGCAUGUUAUUAUUUCAGGUAUUGGCAGAUAAACAUGGCAAUGCCUUGUGGUUGAAUGAAAGGGAGUGCUCUAUUCAAAGAAGAAAUCAAAAAGUUGUGGAGGAAGCACCAAGCACUUUUCUAGAUCCUGAAACUCGAAGAGCAAUGGGAGAACAAGCAGUAGCUCUUGCCAAAGCAGUAAAAUAUUCCUCUGCUGGAACAGUAGAAUUCCUUGUGGACUCCAGUAAGAAUUUCUACUUCUUGGAAAUGAAUACUAGACUUCAGGUUGAACAUCCCGUCACAGAAUGCAUUACCGGCCUGGACUUGGUCCAAGAAAUGAUCCGUGUUGCUAAGGGUUACCCUCUCAGGCACAAACAAGCUGAUAUUCCCAUCAACGGCUGGGCGGUUGAAUGUCGAGUUUAUGCUGAGGACCCCUACAAAUCUUUUGGCCUGCCAUCCAUUGGUAAACUGUCUCAGUAUCAGGAGCCAUUGCAUGUGCCAAGUGUACGUGUUGACAGUGGCAUAGAACAAGGAAGUGAUAUCAGCAUUUACUAUGAUCCUAUGAUCUCAAAACUGAUUACGUAUGGCUCUAAUAGAGCUGAAGCACUGAAAAAAAUGGAGGAGGCUUUGGACAAUUACGUAAUUCGAGGUGUGACUCACAAUAUCUCUUUAUUGAGAGAAGUGAUUAUCCAUCCACGCUUUGUUCAAGGAGACAUCAGCACUAAAUUUCUUCCCGAAGUUUAUCCUGAUGGAUUUAAAGGUUUGUUCCUCAUGAGAAUUUUUUCUGUUUUCCCUUGAGAGUUGUUAUUUCUG